AACUUUUUUGCCAUUUAAGGAAGAAGUUCCGCUUCUGACGUCAUUCUGUCUCUCAAAAUGGCGGACGGCGAACUGAAUAUCGAUAGCAUCAUCACCCGUCUUCUGGAAGUACGGGGCUGCAGGCCAGGCAAGACCGUCAACUUGACGGAAGCAGAAGUCAGGGGCCUGUGCCUCAAGUCCAGGGAACUGUUCCUGAGUCAACCCAUCCUCUUGGAGUUGGAGGCCCCCCUCAAAAUAUGUGGUGAUAUACAUGGCCAGUACACAGACCUCCUAAGGCUGUUUGAGUACGGUGGAUUCCCACCCGAGUCCAACUAUCUCUUCCUGGGAGACUACGUAGAUCGAGGCAAGCAGUCCCUGGAGACAAUCUGCCUACUUCUGGCUUACAAGAUCAAAUACCCUGAGAAUUUUUUCCUCUUGAGGGGCAACCACGAAUGUGCCAGCAUCAACAGGAUCUACGGUUUCUAUGAUGAAUGUAAACGACGCUACAACAUCAAAUUAUGGAAGACAUUUACAGACUGUUUUAACUGUUUGCCAAUAGCCGCCAUUAUUGAUGAGAAGAUUUUCUGUUGUCAUGGAGGACUUUCACCGGACCUGCAGUCCAUGGAGCAGAUCAGACGCAUUAUGAGACCCACUGACGUCCCUGAGACAGGGUUGUUGUGUGACCUGCUUUGGUCUGAUCCAGACAAGGACACGCAAGGCUGGGGUGAGAAUGAUCGCGGCGUCUCAUUCACAUUUGGCGUUGAUGUGGUUUCCAAAUUCCUGAACAAGCACGACUUAGACUUGAUAUGCAGAGCUCACCAGGUUGUUGAAGACGGGUACGAGUUCUUUGCCAAACGUCAGCUAGUGACGUUAUUCUCCGCCCCCAACUACUGUGGAGAGUUUGACAAUGCGGGAGGCAUGAUGAGCGUGGAUGAAACCCUUAUGUGCUCGUUUCAGAUUUUGAAACCGUCAGAGAAGAAGGCAAAGUACCAAUACGGAGGGCUGAACUCGGGUCGUCCCAUCACGCCACCCAGGGGGAGCACCAAGAAGUGAGCAGGAUGUCAUCCAGAGAUGCAAUGGGAGCGAUCAACGUAAACAUUGUGGGUUGUUCAACAGGGAGGGGGGCCGCCGGUUUGCGUUUGGUUUCCCCUCCUGCAAUUUUUGUUUUUCCGACAGGCAGUAUUUGUGUUUGAUCCAGGGGGAGAAGCUCUUUCAUAGACUUGUUAACCGUGCGGCCUAGCCGAGCUACUUUUAAUUUAUUGCCUUUUUUUUUGUCUCAUCGACUUUCAUCUGCUAUCAGCUUGAGGAAAUUCUAAGUAAACUACUAGUAAAAGAUGCCCUUGAAUGUCUGCUGAAAUGCAAUAGCAAAGAAAAUUAAAGACAAUUUAGAUAUUAGAGAGGGUUGUUAUUUGUUGCAGCUUGAAAUUGCAGUAGGAUUGAUCAGAAAAAAAUAUGAUAAAUGCUGAACACCCGCACGGUUGCUGCGUCCCCGCCAGCGAUAUGGUUUGUGUCUUAUCUUUGUGCCACGGGGGAGCCACUCUUCAAUUUGGAACGGAACGUCUGCGUAACUUCUUUAUUUUCUUUUUCAUUUCAUAUUUAUUUAUUAAUUACGUGAUGUGGGCUCAAGCGUGUGUUUUUUAUAGAAAAUGAUAGGUAGAAAAAGAUUCACUAUUACCGAAAUUGUUCUGUAAGUGUUCUUUGCAUUUUUUUGGUGGAAACUCUGGGAAAAUGGUCAGUGUCUAUACUUGGCUAAGGCAGUGCACAAAACAUUUUUUCCUUUCACUUUGUUUAAUACUAGAAUUUAAUACAUAUAACACUUGCUUUACAAGACUUCAGAAAUGCACAGCCUUAAGAUUUUCUUUAGACAUGGCGAGAAAACAGGGCUAAAGUGGUAUGUUCAGGACCCACUGUGGGAAAGAUUCAGCUGACUAAAAUGCAAAAAAGGAUUGUUAUGGUUCUGAAAGAAGUAGCUUAAGUCAAGUUCAAUUUCAAAAUUGCAUUUUGGCCCGUUUUUUCACAUUCUCCUCUUAAAUGUUAACAUAUUUCUGAUCAUCCAUCAUAUCUUGUGAGGCAUAUUCCUGUGAGAUUGCAAAACGAGGCACAAUGGCACAAUUCCAAAAACUGAAAAGAAGUGGAGCAAUUCGUAAAUAUGGGCCACGUGUUGUGAUCAAAAGAAAAAUGAAAUCAGUGAGAUUUCAGGAAUGGUCAAUCACACAAGAAAGCUUCAGGAACUACGUUAUUCACUCAUUUGUAAAUGAUAGGUUGUUGACGUGUCAUCAGUGCUCUAUCGUCAUCACAUUAAAUAGUUGUGCGCAUCCUUGAAUCAGUGACCUUAUUUCCUGUGUUCAUUGAAUGAUUGCAUUUCAAUUGCUUUUGAAAAAAAUUGACGUGGGGUUCCUGAGCUGAGCUUGCAUUAUGUAGAAAUAUUUUAGUGAUGCGGAAUGUAUAUUAAUGUGGUGUUAAUAAUCAGCAGCCUAAACUGCAAAAGCUGAUGAUGACUUUGCAAUGCUGCCAAAAAUACAUACUGUUCUUCGCGUAGAAAUGCUUUAGUCAAUAUGUUGCCUUGCUCAUAUCUAGUCUGUUGCAAGAAUCAAUGUAUACCAUUCUUUUUAAAGGCUGUACCAAGACGGUUUUUAUUGUGGUGCUUUUUUUAUUCUCAUGCUGUCAAAACCAAGGAAGAAUAUAGGUGUAUUUUUUUGUGUUGGUUUAAAUUUUUUUUUUCUGUUUAAACAUUCACUAUCUGAGAACAGACCCCAUAGAGUAUUCCUUCAAACAUAACAAGAUUGUCAAAUGUGAAUCACUGAAUACCUCGGGCUGUGAACAUGAGAAUUUAUGAUGUACCUAAAUGUCCUCAGCUUGGACCAAAGAUACCUUCUUUUGUGGCAUUUCUAGUGAGUAGGGAAAAAAAGCGGAGUUGGAGGAAAGGUGCAUGAAUUUUGUGAAUCAGAGUUACUCUGCAGUGUUUGGCUCAAGAUUCAAACUCAUAGACUUGGAAACGUGUUACCAAAUAGCCAGACCCUUUGUGUGCUCAAUUUUGGCCUUUUGUCAAAAUGCUUUCUGUUUAUCGUAGACAUCUUUAGGUGUCACUGCUAUGCAACGAAAUGAUAUCCAAGGAAAUGCAAGCCAAUCCCGAUCACUUUUGCAUUUUUCGUUAUACCAGUGUAAAUGUCGUGGGAUUUUAUUUUUGAAAUGGUGGACUGCAAGUAUAUAUGAUUUGACAGAGCUGUGUAUAAUAUUUUAUAAUGUCUUCAUUGAGUUGUUUAUUGUAAGCUAUUUCCCUAGUUGAGUUCCUCAAGAUAAAAAUUGAUGUAUAAGAAAAUAAGCUGCAUAAGAAACAGAAUCACUUGUGAUAUUGUUUACUUUCAAAAAGGAUAACCAUGGUAACCCUCUAAGAUUUUUAGGGAGACUCUUCAUAAAGAAAUCACAAUAUUUUGUUCAAGGAAAGCAGCUGUGUGGUGACAUUAAUUGCCCAACAUCAGCAACCUUUACUUAAAGGAAUUUUUGGGGAUUUUAGGUUUGGAUUUUGGCAGAGGAACUAAAAACUGUUGUUGAGUAGAUAUUUUGGUUUCCAUAAAAAAAAAAAAAUGAGCGGAAAUCUGCAGUGAAGGAAUAAAUUCCCAUUACCUGCGUCGUUUUCCAUAAGUCACUUGUUUCAUAGGAAUGUUUUUAUAAAUAUGCAGUGCCUUUACUAAACAAAUAAAGUUGUUACCUUUUAUGUAGCCAGAAUGGAUGUUUCAUUAUAAUGGGAUGUUUCAAGUUGGUGCUUUACACCUGCGUUUUGAAGUUUCAUAUAUGAUAGAGACUUGCUGUGUAAACUUUUUUGCCCCCAAGGGAAAUCGAUGUCGAAUUAGUCAUUAAGACAGUGUUCUUUAGGGACAGUUUCAUCUGACCUGAGUAGGAGUUGUUAAGAUUUUGAGUAGGUUGUUAUACAAUGAAUAGGAUACGUGAUAGACAUAUUUCAGUCAUUGUUAUUUAUGUAUGAUCAUCUUUCAUGCAGCCGAGGGAAACAAACCUGGCUGCACAUUUCUUUCUUCUUCAACAUCAUUUUUUCCCAGUAGUAUUUUAUGCCACUGUAAAAAUAAAUCCUUGCACUAUUUCAGUAGAAAUUAAAACAUUUUCUGAAUGAC